AUGAGUGCUCAAGGUAAGCUGGAGGAGUGGGAAAUCAACAAGUACUGGGACAUUUUCAGCGGGCUCAAACCCGUCAACAAUGUGCUCACCGGCGACCAGGUUUCCCCCGUGCUCAAAAACUCCAAUCUGUCGGAGGACAAGUUGGCCAAGAUUUGGGAUCUGGCCGACGUGGACAGUGACGGCUGUCUCGACUUUGAGGAGUUCUGUAUUACCAUGCGACUCAUCUUCGACCUUCUCAACAACAACAUCAACGACGUGCCCUCCACGCUACCCCAAUGGCUGGUCCCACAGUCCAAGGCCCACUUAAUAGAAGCCAACAAAGCCAUCAGCCAGCCCCACUCCAAGCUGGAUGAUUCCGACGACGAGGAUCUCGAGAACCUCGGUCUCUCUACAGAUUUCGACUGGUACAUUUCGCCUGCCGAUCGAGAUUCCUACUCGGCCAUCUUCACAGCCAAUUGUGACCGUCAUGGCCGGGUCUCCUAUGAUGCUCUGACGGAGCUCUACCAGACUCUGAGCCGGGUGCCCGAAGGCGACAUUGCCAUGGCCUGGAACCUGGUCAACCCCAAGUCCGACGAGCGGAUCGAGAAGGAGCAGUGUCUGGUGUUUCUGCACAUGCUUAACUAUCGAGAAAAGGGAGUGCGUAUCCCCCGAGGAGUGCCUGCGUCGCUGCGAGCCACCUUUGAGAAGGCCACCCCUGAGUUCAGCAUAAACUCGAGCCAGGCCGAGCUCAAGCCCCAGAAGAGCAACGCCCCUGCCUCCAAGAAGGAGGCGUUUGCCAACGGCUACCUGCAGAAGCUGGGUAUUGGAGGAAAUUCGUACUCAACAUCGGGCACGGACUUUUCGGCCACCAAGGACACCGACUGGGAGGAGGUGCGGCUAAAGCGGGAACUGACGGAUCUGGAGAACCUGGUGGAAAAGGCUGAACGUGCGGCCGCCGACUCAAAACAGCACGGCAACUCGUACUCCACGUCGCACACUGCAUUAAUCAAACGAGAGCUGGAGCAAUUGCUUGAUUACAAGGAGGAACAGCUUCGGAAGGCUAAGAGCGGCGCUCCCGCGUCGGUGGGGGAGACCAACCUCAAGGAAAGUGAAGAGGAGGUCAAUCUGCUGGAGAUGCAGGUGAACGAGCUGGAGGUUCACCAGCAGAGAAAGCAGCAGGAAUUGGACCAGCUGGAGGCAGAGUUGGCUUCUCUGAGAAAGUAA